AAAUCCGACUCCCAUGCCACUUCUGGAAUCAUCCGAACUCGAUCCAUGGGACCCAGUCUACCUUGUAAAUCCAUCCUGAGGAUGAGUUCACAAGCCGCCACCAUUUCGGGAGAUUCACCAGGUUCCAACACGCCUGCCUUUAGAAGAGCUUCCAUGUCGGUCGUCGAUGCCCUCGAGUCAGCAGUAUAAUGGUCGCGAGGGUGAACAGAGAGAGAGAGAGCAUUGGUCCACCUAAAAAAGUUUUCACUGUUUUUCCUUUUGGUCGAUUGACCACAAUAAACAGUCUGAGCAAAGUCUAUUGUAGCAUAGAGCAUUCGACAUGCAUUGCAUAGAUGAUGGCUGGGGGGGAACAGAGUAUCGCUCACGUGAGUUCUGCGUGGGAAAGGCGAGUGAAACAUACUUGGUGGACGAGUGCUCCGACCCUGAAAAACCAGCCUCGUGUGACCGACGGGACAUGCGAGCCCAGUCGACAUGUUCGAGUGUAGGCCUAAUGUAUGAAGCCAGCAGCAUAUCCUUAAAUCUAUCUGAUUCCAGUGUUCUGGCUUAUUGGUCAUUGGGUCACAUUACCUUGGCCUGCUCCAUACAGUCACUCACCCACUCUGCCGGCUGCGCUCGUGCAUCCAUCGCCAUGCCACUAACCAAACGUAAAGUAUCAGGCUCGACUCAGACUUCAUCAACCCCAUCCACCCUAUCCCGUCUCUCACUUCCUCAAACCUUCCCAUUCCGACUCACCCUCUCACGCUUUCCACUUGGUCCUGAAAAUUGGACAUCUUCACGCUCAUCGGCACGUCAACGACGAGCCGAUAAGGCGGCCGUGGCACUUCGCGACUUGAUUCUUGAUCCGUCUCUCGUCACCUCUACCCCAUGUACAUCACCUCAUCCUCUUUCACUUGCUCUGUCUCCGCCUGAGGAUCCAAUCUCAGCCAAGAUGUCGACCUCCCUCGUCUCGGACGAGUCGAAGCAUGACCCCAGAACCAAUAAGUUCAAAACAUGGUCUCCUUACCGCGCGUCUACCAUUGCCCGAUCCAAGACCACGGUGCCACGACUCCGAGCAAAAGACAUUGAGAGACUCCGUACUCAGCUCCUAAACCCGACCCAAGCAUCCAUGGUCAUAGCGUCUGCAAAGGCCCUGAGCCAAACCGCAUCCGAGGUCGAUUCACCCGGUGCAGAGCCCAUGCGAGCUGUCUGCCUGGACUGUCUAGAUGACAAAGCGGAGGACUUGAUUCGACAGGCUGCCAAAGUCCAAAAAGGGUUGAAGAAGGAGUAUUGGGUCAAAUCAAGCCAUGAAGAAAAGUUCAAGACUGUAAAGGUUGCUCCGAUACCGAUCCCAAAAUUGCCAGUGUUGUUGUCGCUCUUGGGAGUUGUAAAGGAUGAGGCAAUCUCAGUGGAGUCUAGAGGUGGGACGGGAACGCUCGAGGUACAAACGCAUCUUGCAGGCGAUCUGAUCAUCGAAUCUUCAACGGAGCUGGAGACCCCUCGAGACCUGAAUGAGAAAACGCAUCAUCACCGUGCUCCAACUGCCCUCACCCAAUCACAUACCACCAACAGCCCAGCAACUCUCGGCGACUCCGCCAAACUCCCCUUUGGUCUCUUGAUGCCUGCUUCCGCCAUGUCCCUCUCGAGACCACUAGCAGGUGCGCUCCCCACGCCGGAGACCCUUCGAAUAGGAUUCGACGCGCUCCUCAAUGCAGAGAGCAAGAUAUACCUGUACCAGGGGCCUAGUCAUGUUGGGAUUCAUCCGCCUUUAGAUAGGAUGAGUAUAUAUACUUAUUGGUGGGGUUUCGAGCUCGCUCUGCCGCCACCGACUCUCGAGUAUCUCUCCCAAUGCAAGCAAAUCUCCACGUCGCUCCUCAACCUCCUAGGCGUCAUAGUGUACGCCGUUCCGGGUGGAACGAGAGAAUUAGCACCCUUCGUAGGUGUCUUGAGCAGGUUCAUCGAGACGGAGUGGAGAAUAUUGACGAUCCAGGAUCAAGGUCGAGGUGUAGUCUGCGGAGCGACUUGGUUCAUCCCAGCUGCGCUCGUCGCUAGACCUUGGGACUUUGAUAUUGUUCCCGGUGAAAAGGCACAGAGUGAGAGAUCGAAGCGGGCUCAAGCGGCUGAAGCGAGGGCGGGGGCGGCGGCGGGCGCACUGACGGCACAAAAGGGCAUUAUGAAGCUGCCGAGGCUAUCCUUGGCCUGAAGAUCAGUCUUGUAGCUAAUAAGAGAGGGGAGUCGGGGGCA